UGUGGCAUGAUUUUCAUAUGCGGCCUUAGCCCUCUCUCGGUCGUAAUUGAACAGGAAUUGGCUAUAGAAAAGCACAACCAUGGCUGUCGAUCUUGAGUUGAAGAAGGCAUUCCAGGAGCAGCAGAUCCGUAUGAUCGAGACGACGCAGCAGCUUAAGAUAGCUGACAUGCAAGUUGAACAACUGAAGAGAAAACAGCAGCAUUGCAGACUGACUGCUGCAGAACUAGCUGCUCUUCCUGGAGAAACUAGGGUCUUUGAAGGAGUAGGAAGGAUGUUUCUAUUGCAAGAUAUGGAGGGCAUUAAAACUGUACUUGCAGACAGAGUUACUGAUGCAGAGAAACAAAUACAGAAAGUGCAGAGUAACAAGACAUACCUUGAACGCUCACUGAAGGACAGUGAAAGCAACCUCAGGGAACUAGUGGCAUCGAAGAGAGCAGCAAAACCGUGACGUCAUGCCCAUCUUCUGGUAGAUCCUGUACUAUAGUCAUUUGUAUAUAUACAUGUAGUACUAGACAUAAAUCGUGAUGCUGUGUUAUUUUAUUUUCGAUAUUUUCAAGGAUGGAGUCCAGGGGCCUGAUUCAUAUAAAAGGCUUACAAUAAGGGUGACUUAACUAUUAUGGUGACCACCAUGGUACCACAGGUGUUGUGGCUCUGGGGAUAAGUCUCUGGACUUUGAGCCACAAGGUCCAGGGUUUGAAUCCCACCACAGCACCUGUGGUGUUUAUCUACACUCUCCACCCAGGUGAAGUAAAUUGGUACCCGAUGGGAAGAAAUGCCUUGACUGCUCGAGCGUCCACUCAGAGAAACCAUGCUAAAUCCAGGAUAAUAGUAUGCGGUUUGUAGAAACACUGUAUAAAGCGUAAUAUAAAGGUUGCAUGAUUAUUAUUAUUACCAGGGCUCCUUAACACAAAGAUUAGCGAUCAAUCGCUAAAUAAACUGACCAAUCAAUA